CGGGCUGAGCGGCGGGAGGCGGCGGCGGGGCCGGGAGCGGGGCCGGGGCCGGCGCUGGAAGCAGACGGUCUCCUUCGUUCUGCCGCGGCGUGACGCGCUCCGCCGCCGCUCCCCGCCGCCUUCCUGAGGGAUGGCGCGGCGGGCGCUGCCCUGAGGGGACCGCGCCGCUGCCUCAGGCCGCUCCCCCGCGGGCACCGGGCAUGUCUCUGCCCGCCCGCCCCGCUGCCCGCCGCGGUGGCCCGGCACCCCCGGGCCCCGGGAUGGGAGGCGGGAGCUGAUCCGUCGGGAAGGCCGGGGGCAGCGCCGGGGAGGAUGAGCCGCGCGGGAAGCCCGGGGAGAGCCUACGAUUUCCUGCUGAAAUUCCUGCUGGUGGGCGACAGCGACGUGGGCAAAGGGGAGAUCCUGGCCAGCCUGCGGGACGGAGCCGCCGAGUCGCCCUACGGGUACAGCACGGGUAUAGAUUAUAAGACUACAACGAUUCUUCUGGACGGCCGAAGAAUCAAGCUACAGCUCUGGGACACAUCAGGGCAAGGAAGAUUCUGCACCAUAUUUCGGUCGUACUCGAGAGGCGCUCAGGGAGUGAUACUGGUGUAUGAUAUCACAAAUCGUUGGUCAUUUGAUGGAAUCGAUCGAUGGAUAAAAGAAAUUGAUGAGCAUGCUCCUGGUGUACCAAAAAUCCUGGUUGGAAAUCGCCUUCACUUAGCCUUCAAGCGCCAAGUGUCCACUGAACAAGCACAAGCCUAUGCUGAGAGGCUGGGCAUGACUUUUUUUGAAGUCAGUCCACUUUGUAAUUUCAAUAUUACAGAGUCCUUUACUGAACUAGCAAGAAUAGUAUUAAUGAGACAUGGAAUGGACAGGCUCUGGAGGCCAAACAAGGUACUGAGCCUGCAAGACCUCUGUUGCCGUGCCGUAGUUUCCUGUACCCCUGUGCAUCUUGUUGACAAGCUCCCUCUCCCUGUUGCCUUAAGAAGCCACCUCAAAUCUUUCUCCAUGGCAAAUGGCCUUAAUGCCAGGAUGAUGCAUGGACGCUCCUACUCCCUCACAUCCAGCAACAUCAAUAAAAGGAAGAGCUUAAAGAAAGCUAAAAUCAUCCGUCCACCACAGAGCCCACCAAAAAACUGUACCAGAAACAACUGUAAAAUCUCUUAAGCUCUCUGUGGGAAAAGAAACCUGGAUGGAAUCCCCUCAUGUGAAGCCUUGAAGACUCCUUGGCUGGUGGUUGAGCACACUUGGUUUGCAUCACACUACAGAGAGAAAAAUAAGUCUUAUUUUGGAGCUUGAUAGUAGUGCUGCUUUGGAAUGAACGACAUGUUCAGUGCAACUGGCAGGACCUGAUGUUUUGCUGUUGGAUUUUCCUCCUGCAUUUUACUUUCUGAUGUGCAUGAUGCUGUUGGUUUUAUCAGUAGGUGUGUUUUCAUAUAGGGGAUAACUGCAAUUAUAUUCAGUUCUUGAUUCCAUGAGAUCUGGAAGGUGACUUGCUGUGUAAUUGUAUAAAAUUCUGUCUUUUUGAAAACUAUUCAAAAAUAUAAAAACGAGUCACUGGUUUGCAUUUUCAGGCAGAGGUUUUUAAACACAAUGUAUUGUAUACAUUGUGACAUUCUACAAAUAGUGUGACAAAUUUUAGUAAUGCUACAGUUGUGCAUUUGGAUUUUUUGUAAAGCUUCCUCGAUAAUUUUGAGCAUUAAUUUAACUAAGCUAAAAAUGUAUAUAUAGUUAUUCUGCACAUACACAAGGUUUUGUCCCGUUGAUGUAUGUAACAGAUUUGAUAAAGUUUUUUGUAUGUUAUUUAAUACUUGGGGGAAUUAAUUUGUGGUUUAAAGACUUAUUUUUCUGUAAAAAAAAAAAUACAUUUUAUACCACUCUACAAGAAAGUUCUAGGAGGAACAUGCCAAAGAUUCUGUGGUAAAAGGAACACAGGACUUGAAGAGCUGCUUUAUAAGGAAAGAACACUAUUUAAAAAAUAAAUGUUUCUGGAAAAGAAA